AUGGUGGGCGUUCUGAUUCUCGCAUCGGCGACCGGGGCUGUGGCGAUCUUGCUAGUCGUGCGACUGUGGAUCGUGCUUGGGUCCCAUCACGCCACUCCCCGAGAGUCUCUCGGACUCUUGAUAGUAGCUGGAUCCGGAGGACACACCACUGAGAUCCUGAGGCUGGUUGGAAGCUUGUCCAGUGCUUACUCACCGAGGCAUUAUGUGUUUGCUGACUCUGACGGGAUGAGUGCCAAGAAGAUUCGUUCUUUUGAACGUGCUCGAGCCAAGAGAGACCCUGCUACUGAGAACAUCAAUUAUUACCUUCACCAAAUUCCAAGAAGUCGAGAGGUUCUGCAGUCCUGGUUGUCCUCAGUCUUCACCACCUUGUACUCCAUGUGGUUUGCCUUUCGCCUGGUUCACCGAAUAAAGCCAGAUUUGGUGCUGUGUAAUGGCCCAGGAACGUGUGUCCCCAUCUGUGUGUCUGCCCUGAUCCUUGGGAUACUUGGAAUAAAGAAGGUGAUCAUUGUCUACGUUGAGAGCAUCUGCCGAGUAGAAACUUUGUCCCUGUCUGGGAAGAUCCUGCUGCACCUCUCCGACUACUUCAUUGUCCAGUGGCCAGCUCUCAAGGAGAAGUACCCCAAGUCUGUGUACCUGGGCCGAGUUGUUUGACAAAUGGCAACUCCAAGUCUUAGGAAUUUUACAAUUGCCAGCAGCAGUUACCAUGCCGUCGUUAUUGUAAAGUUUUUCAAAAGCCCAAUCAGUGAAUUAUCAAUGGUAAGGAAUUUAAAAUGGGGCCAAGUGUGAUAGCGCAUGCCUGUAAUCCCAGCACUCAGGAGGCAGAGGCAGGCAGAUCUCUAUGAGUUCAAGGCCAGCCUGGUCUACAAAGUGAGUCCAGGACAGCCAAGGCUACACAGA